AUGUCACCAUUGCGUGUGAUGAUGAUAGCGUCACAGACGAGAAUGAGGAGACAGGAGGCAGUUGCCACGUCAUUUUUGCCGUGUUUAGUGGAUUGUGUAUUCACUAUGUCUUGUUCCAAAACUCAGCGCACCUUCUUCAAGGACCUGCAGCAACUCUACAAGACCAUCGAAGCCUCGACGGAUGGUCAGGCGACCAUCUUAGGAAUCGACGAGAUGUCAGUUAAUGUUUCGCUGAGACCCAAAUCGGGCUGCAACGCGCAUGCAGAAUUCGUUUUAAACGAGCCAAUAGCUUUCGACUCCCUAUCACAGAGUUUCGCAUUCUGA